AUGCAAAAAGUGCCAUAUUUAUUAUUUACCACACUACUGGUGAAAUCUUCCCUCAAAGUCAAAGGCAAAGCAAAUGAUCGGAAAACGUUUAACUCUAAGAAAUACCCGAAUAAUGAUGCAAUAUUAUCAAACCUAGACUUUAAAUUCUCUCAAAGAUCAACCGUUUCAAGUAGUUCAAAAGAAAGAGAGGACAAAGUUUCUUUUGUGGCUGAACCAGAGUCGAUUGUUUUCAACGCUUAUCAAGUAGGAAACAUCUAUGAGACUACUGUUAAAAUACGCAAUGUUUCACAGACUGCUCGGUCGAUUCGAGUUCUGCCGCCUAAAACAAGCUAUUUUUCUAUAAAUGAAGGCAAAUUCCCACUUCCCGGCAGUAGUGUUAUCGCACCUGGAAUGGCUGCAAUUUUCAUGCUACGCUUUUCACCUGAUAAUCUUGGUGAUUUUGAUGAUGAAUUCAUAGUGAAGUAUGAAAAUCAAUUGGAGCCGUUGAAUGUUAAACUUUUGGGAAGGAAAUCCCGUCCACGUCUUAAUAUACAUGAAUGCUACGAUUUGGGUUCUACACUGAAAGGCAGCACAAAAGUGAAUCAUAUACAAAUUGAAAAUUAUAAUCCAGAAAGUGUCUCUAGUGGAGAAUUUCUAUUUAUAACUAAAGAAUUAUUUGAUCAGUGUUCAGUGUUUGAUGCAAAGAAAUUCGCCGAAUAUAAUACACUUUGUGAGACGAACGACUCAUCUCGUCUCUGUUUGGAAUCAUUUUCAAUUGAACCUGUACGAUUUACUCUGGAAGCGUUAAAGUCAGUUACCAUAAGAAUUGAAUUUAAACCACUUCACCUGGGAGAAUAUCAAUGGGAACUUGUAUUAAUCUGUGAUAAUGGACAAUUCUUUCCAGUAUUAUUUAAAGGCUUUAGUGAGGAAUUAAAACUGGAGAUGAUGGAUACUACUAACGAAAAUGUCAGUAGUUCAUUAAGAAAAAUUGCAUGCGAUUCAAAGGAAUUAUUUUAUUUUUAUCAAUUUCCAAUACAAUAUCCGUUUACUGUUGCUCCGAAGACAAUCAGAAUAUCUAAUUUCUGUUCACAAUCACUACGUUUUCAAUGGGUUCAACAAAAUCCAAACAAUCAAAUCUAUUGUACAGAAUAUACAUCUGACAGUUUGAUUAAAAGUGAUGACAUGCUAAAUCAACGCAGGUCGUUAACUACAAGUUUGACAACAACUCCAGAUGUACAGAAUAAUGAAAAUCUCCCUUUGCUAUUCACAAUUCAUCCAACAACUGGAGUGUUUGAAGCAAACGAAACAAAGUCAUUUGAAAUUCGUUUUAAUCCAACUGAGAUUGGAACAUUUAGAUCUCAACUUGAAAUGAUUUUGCUCAAUAUACCAGAAGUAGACGAAAAUAAUGCAUGUUAUACAUUGGAUAAAAAACAUUUGACCAUUGAAUUAAAAGGUAUUGCCGAGUCUUUACCCAUAUCAAUUGAACCGUCAAUUUUAAUUAUACCUGGAAAGUGCCUACUUGAUGUACCUUUGCAUCAAAAUAUUCAACUGGUGAACAAAUCCCACAACUGUCCAGUCGCAUUUUAUUGGAAGGCUGAUUUUAAUUGUAAAGCCGAUUCCAUUUCAUCAAAUGAUGAUGGUCUAAGUCAAUCUACAGCGGAUAUGCGUCAAUUGAAUUUAUCCAAACAUUUAAGCAGAAGUAGUGAUAUCGAAGAGGCUAUGGAUAAUUUAAUUAUUAUAGAACCAACUAUGGGUGUCAUCGCACCAGGACAAUCAAUAAAUAUUGAUAUAAUUUUAUCUUCAUCAAAAUCUCUAACCAUAAAAGAAGAUAUUCCAUGUUUUAUUGAUAUCCUACCGAAUUCCCCUUUAUGGCUGCAUAUUGAAGCUGAAUUUACGGAACCAGCCAUUGUAUUUGAUAAACCCGAUUGUAAUUUUGGUCUCAUGCGGCCGAAUGAAACAGUUAAACAAAAUAUUCAAUUGACAAAUACUUCACCUUCACCGAGAAAAUGGCGCCUUGAAAUGGAUACAGUCAACAGCAAGGAACCAGCCAUUGUAUUUGAUAAACCUGAUUGUAAUUUUGGUCUGAUGCGGCCGAAUGAAACAGUUAAACAAAAUAUUCAAUUGACAAAUACUUCACCUUCACCAAGAAAAUGGCGCCUUGAAAUGGAUACAGUCAACAGCAAGUCUGCAUCAGAAAUGAAAAUCCAUCCAUCUUGUGGAAUUUUGAAACCAGUUCAGUCGGUUACAGUAAACUUAUCAUUUACACCAGAAAUGGCAAGAAGUGUUCGUGAAGUGAUUACAGUGCGCACGGAAGAGAGUGAAGAAAUAAGCAAACUACUGAUAUUGGCUGAAGUUCAAGCUCCAUUAAUCGAUUUUGAACCAAAUCAUAUUGAUUAUAAUGAAUGUUAUUGGAAUAUACCAAUCACUAAGAUUAUAACUGUUACCAAUUUAAAUUUACUUGAAUGUGAUUUAGAAUGGAUCGAUCCUGUUGGAAAAGAUAAAGAAUGGGUCACCGUGAAUGUUACACCAAAGUCCUUUCGAAUCAGUGGUCAUCAAAAUCAGAAGUGUGAAGUUACAUUAUGUGCACAUAAACAAGCUCCAGUUAAAGAUCUUCGUAUUCCACUGCGUGUAGACGGAUUAAAUGAUUUCUUAUGGUUGUCUAUAACAGCCAGAGUAAAUGGACUGUCAUUGAAAUAUCAUCUAAUUAAUUCAGAUGACAAAGCUGAUGAAAGCGAAGUGAAUUCACAAGAAUACUUCACUGUUAUGUCUGAUAUCAACAGUAAAAUUCUUGUUAUCAAUUUCGGAGAAAAUGUUGGUCUCUUUGAACCAGUUGAAAAAUGGAUUGAAUUUAAAAAUGAUACCCCAAUACCAACUAGAAUAUGCAUAGACAUGGGUAAUCUAUCAACGAAAGUCAACUAUGCAGAUUAUAAUUAUAAACCUGAACUUGGUGCAAAACGAUUUUUAAAGUUAACAAAUCAAACUACUGAUAGUUCUUUAAGUAGACGAAAAUUAUUGUUAUUAAUGGCAGAAAAGGAGUGUAGAACCGAGAUUAGGAACUUAUACGAUUGGUGCAAUUCAAUACUGAAAGGCUCCAAAGGUGCUUGUGUACUUGCUCAUUCAGCAAUUUCAUCUUCCUCCAGUGAUCAAGCGUCAGAUUUUCAAUUAGCUAAGCAUCAUUUAGUUACAAUCAAUACAUGCCAAUCUGAAACGUUGAUUAUGCCAUCUUGGUGUUUACCUAGCUAUGGUUAUCUAAGAAUAUGCUUCAUAUGUAUAGCCAAUUUGUGGGGUGCAUAUCAAGACAGUAUACGUGUCUACGUAUUUCCGGAGUUUAAUAUCCCAAGUGAAGUUAGUUUACCACACAUAAAAAUGCCAGUCAGAUUCAAAGUAAUUGGAUGUCCAGUAUAUUCUAUUGCGACAGGUCAUUUUGGUCAGUUAUCUAAUACUGUAUUGACGUCGAUGCAUCAUAAUAAAUUAGGCAGUAAUGAUAUACUCCCCAAAACCGCUUUACCACUUACAGCUACCCGACAGUAUAUCCGAUUUGGUAGUGUUUUGUACAAUGGACCAAUUGUGAAACGGAAAAUUCGUCUACAUAAUUCAUGUGGGACAGCUAUAAGAAUCGAUUGGCAAGUAUUUCUUGACUCUGAAAUUGAAGAAACUGAUCAAUUGCUAAAUCUUUUAUGUUUUAUCUCAGAACCAUUUCAUAAAUUACCAUCCUCUUCAUUAAUUGAUGACAAAUCUUUAGAAAGUACUGAAACAAUUGAAGAUGGAUCCAGUACAAAACCACUAAUUAAUUUAGUCCUUCGUCCUUACGAUGGAAAGUUAAUAUGGCAAUCAUCCUCGGCACAAAUUUUACCAGCAUUAAAAGAUGACUAUAAAAGGUUGUUCACCGUAGAACCUGAACAAGUGAUAAUACCACCACAUGAAGAAUUCACCGUCACUAUAGUAAUGAAUGCAGCAGAAGCAUAUUCAGAAAUGAUGUCUUAUUCAAUGUUUAAUUUAAAAGCUCAUAUUACUGGUUAUUUAAGUAUUGAUUCUAAGGAAUUUCUAGAUAUUCCAAGGACAAAUGCAUUGAUCACUGAACAGUUACGUUUUGAUGUAACUGCUAAAUUAGAGCAACCAAGACUUUUGAUUGACCUCAACGAUGAUCCUCUAGAAAUUGACAAUACGCACGCAUCUCUUCCAUCUUCACAACCAAUCACUUUACACUUUAAAUCAGGAUUUGGCCAAUUUCUAAGUGUUUCAUCUGCAAUGAAAAAUAUGCAGAAUAAUCUCAAUUCAAAACACAACACUCCAAGUUCUCAUUCUAUUCUAACAAAACAUGACGUGGAACAGCCACUACAACGAAGUUUGACUCCAUCUGAUUAUGAAGCUGAAAAUCUACUCAUGAGUAGUAUAGUUCUUGAAAGGAAAAUUUACUUACGCUGUACAAAUAGCAUACCUGUAGCUAUUUGUAUUAAAGCAAAAUAUCCAGAGAAUCUAAGAUUCAGGAGAAGAACAGAUGGGAUUAAGGAGGCAACAGUGAAUAGUGGUGAAGACAAUUUGACGGCUAUAGAGGAUCAUGACGUCAUAGUAAAUACGAAUGAAUAUUCUAAUGAAACAACAAUCACUAAGAUGAAUAAAGCUGAUUUUGAAGAGUUUUAUAAACCACAAAUCAACCUGACAGUACAUCCAGAUAAAUUAGAAAAGAUAACCGUCGGUUACUUAUUGGAAAAAGAUUUUUGCCUCAGACAGAUAAAUUCAAAAGCUUCACAAGAUAAUUUGGAGAUUGAUGAAUCGCACUUACGCUUGAAAAAUGAAAUCUUGUUCAAGUUUCAAGUAACCAGUGUUGAAAUAAAUAACGUUACACUUGUUGAUUCAAUGAUCAAUAAUUCUACUGAUAUCUAUCAAUUACACACACAAAUUACAAUUAUUAGACCACAAUUUAAAAUUCAUCCAAUUGGCGCUUUGGAUUUCGGUACUGUUUUAAUUGGAAAAACGAAAAAAAUGGAGAUAAAAAUACAGAAUUUAACACAAACACCAACAUUUUGGUUGUUGAAAUUAUCUAAUGAUAAAAAACCAGAUGAAAUAGAUGCCCGCGGUGAUAUAUUUCGUACAACAAAGUGCUCAGGAUAUUUGAACUCUAUGUCAAAUGAUGGAAGUCAAUUUUCGGAAUUGAUAACUGUCGAAUUUCAACCAAGAAAAACUGGUUGUGUUGAAACGACAUGGAAGUUUGAAGGAAUUCUUGGAGAGCGAACACAAUUGAUUAAACUAAUCGGUGCUGGAAGUCUUGAUGAAUGUUUCAAUACAAUUUAG